AUGGGUUUAGCGUCAGAGACACAGCGAACUUCAAGAUGCCAAUCUAAACUGCGAACCACAGCUCAAUGCCCUUACUUAGGGAAACACAAUCGUGUCCCUCGAGCGCAUUUCCAUCGUCCGGGAAUGUAUGGUUUAAAAUCGGUUCAGAAAAGAGGACCAGACGGAUCAACGCAAGAUGAGGGCAUUGCGCCGGCUCCGAUGCCCUCCAGCGCGGACUGGGUUACGGCUACCCAAGCAUCUCGGCCCACAUUGUGCAAAUCAAACAAAUCAUCCUGUCGUCAACUCGCACGCUGCUUCUCCUCAGAGAUAAGGUCAAACACAUCCACGCACAGGCGAGCUGACCAUAGUCAGCAAACCUGUCGCCUUCGGCUUCGGAAGGAGCGCACGUCGCCUCGAUUCCCGCUCGCUGUUGUGGAAGAGGAGUGA